GAUGAAUUUGAUAUGCAGAACUAAUAGGUGAAAUUUGCAGCAAUAGAAGAGCAGGGAAGCAGCUCCUUUGUGUAAAGAGGACUUUCUAGCCAUUAUAAAAAGAAAGAAAAUAAAUAAAUCAAGGGCCCAGGAGAGAGGAAACCCAGAAGACUCACGCUCCCCAGGACCUAGAGAAGGAAACUGCCACCCUUACCUUUCCAGGCCAGGGAUUUCUGGUCUGGAAAGAGUCACCCACUGACCUACAGCUCCUUGGCUUCCAAACUGAGGGGGUUGCCACGCCUUGGGUGUGCGUGGUGAACUUGGUCCCCACCUCUGGCGCACCGCUGGGGCAGCUCUUUGGCCUUGGUUCUGGACAGGUGUGCUGAGGCGGCACAAGAGCCACCUGGCAGCUCCAGGUGCCCUGAGUACGCUGCCAUGGAAACGGCCCUGGGGUUGGUGGCGAGAAGGCAGUUUUCCAAAGCUUGGCAGAUUCAGGAGAGGGGGAGCCUGGAGUCUCGGGCCCUCCUCGGUAGUCCUCCAGACUCGGCUACAGUCCGCAGAAACGCAGGACAUUUCCUGUGAGGGUCUGUGCCCUGUGUGUGGUCUGAGGAUGGCUGAACCACAGGGCCAAGAACUUGCAGCUGAGUGUCCUGUCUGCUGGAACCCCUUCAACAACACAUUCCACACCCCCAAAAUGCUGGACUGCUGCCACUCCUUCUGUGUGGAAUGCCUGGCCCACCUCAGCCUGGUGGCCCCAGCCCGACGUCGUUUGUUGUGCCCACUCUGUCGCCAGCCCACCAUACUGGCUUCUGGGCAGCCCGUCACUGACUUGCCCACUGAUAUGGCCAUGCUGACCCUGCUUCGCCUGGAGCCCCACCAUGUCAUCCUGGAAGGCCACCAGCUCUGCCUCAAGGAUCAGCCCAAGAGUCGCUACUUCCUGCGCCAGCCUCAGGUCUACACGUUAGACAUUAGCCCCGAGCCUGGGAGUCAGACAGGGUCCCCCCUGGACACUGUCCCUGCCACCAGGCCUGUGCCCAUCCCCAGCCACUACUCUCUGAGGGAGUGUGUCCGCAACCCACACUUCCGGAUCUUCGCCUAUCUGAUGGCUGUGAUCCUUAGUGUCACUUUGCUGCUCAUCUUCUCCAUCUUUUGGACUAAGCAGUUCUUCUGGGGUGUGGGGUAAGUGCUGUAUUCUAGGAUGAGGAACGGAGCCUUUCUCAUUGCUGCUGGGUUGGGGACUGCAGAGCUUCCUUUGGUGUCUUCCUGUAGUGCUGCUCAUUUUACAGCCCAGGGCGCCACUAGGCCACAUGUCUACUUCUGGGAACAGAGAUAAUCUCUCUCUGUGUUAAUAAUAAUAGCAGGAAGAGCAGAGACCUGAGUAUUAGCCAUGGGGUCAUGGAGGGCAGAGAAGUUCUGUGGCUUCACAACCACACUGCAGGUUGUGCCAAAGGGCUGGACAGUGCUGUCAGGAAGCUGACUGGUCCAGACAGAGUUGCGUUUCUCACGGGCGCUGCUUUGGACUAGGCUCAGACUAUUGAGUUGCCCAAUUUUCAUUGUGUUGCUAAAAAACUUUCAGUGUUACAAUUCUGUGGGCAAAUGUGCUUGUACCCUGUCCUCAGCUUCCUCUAGGGUUCUUGCCAACAGUCCCAGUAAAAAUGGCCUGCAUUCUUCAAUUCAUUCAUUUCUUCAUUCUACAGCCAUUUAUUGGGCAGGUACUGAGAGCAUAAGGGAGGAAAAGUUAAGGGUAUGCAGGGAUGGCCAAUGGCCCGUAGUGGCAGAUAGAGUGUGUUCAUUCUGCAGCGCGGGACAACUCUAGCAUACAGCUCCUCAGAGGAGAGUGUAGAGGUGGAGGAAGCCAGACAAGUGGAAAUAACCCAGGACUUGAGGAACAGGGCUGUGUUCCCCCAGUCAGUGCAGAGGCCAUGCUUAGAUUGGUGCAGGGCAAUGGAGCUGAGGCCAGCAUUGUACCACUGGCCUCAGGAAGUAAGGCAGAAACCUAGUAGAGGUAAUCCUUCAGCUGCAUCCUAGGCCAGAACAGGCUGGGGCAUAGGGUGGGGGAAGAGCCCAGUUUCCACCUUACACCACAGAACCCAAGAGCCAAGCAUUGAAAUUUCAGAUACCCCCUUCUAGCUGCUGUGGGACAGGUUCCCAGUGUCUAAAGCCCUGUUUUCUGCUUCUCUGAUUCUAAUCUUACCUGGUAGCUUUGGACCGAGACAAUCACAAAUUUGUUAAAAUACUAUUAUACAAUGUUGCAUUUUUAAAAAUUUUCAAAUAAGCUGUCAGAGGCCAGAACUUGAGUCAGUUUUAUUUAACUGGUCAAAGAACUUCCAUAAAUCUUUAGGGAAUACUAAUGUACAAACUAUUCCAAAAUGGCAAAGAUGUAAAAUAUACUUUACAUUUAGUAAAGCCUGAUGCCUGUAA